AUGUCUUGGGAUGACGGAAAGCACAUGAGGGUGAAGAGAGUUCAAGUUACAUAUGAAGAUGUUAUCAACUCCAUUGAGGCUGUGUAUGACGAUGAUCAAAACCCUAGGCGUCACGGAACUCCUGGCAGGAAAUCUGACGGCGUGAGCUUGAGCCCUGACGAGUACAUAACAGAUGUUACUGGCUACUACAAGACUACGGGGGCUGAAGAUGCUAUAGCAGCAUUGGCUUUUAAGACCAACAAGACCGAGUAUGGUCCUUAUGGAAACAAAACCAGGAACCAAUUCUCCAUUCACGCACCCAAAGACAACCAGAUCGCUGGUUUUCAAGGAAUUAGCAGCAAUGUUCUCAACUCCAUUGACGUCCACUUUGCUCCCUUACCAUCUGCCACUUCAGCUUCCUCAACCCCAUCGUCGGCUUUGAGUCAAGCAAACAAAGUGGAUGCUCACGGUGGGCAAGGAGGAUCAUCAUUUGACGAUGGUGCUCAUGAUCAUGUGAGAAGAGUGUUCGUUGGACAAGGUGACUCUGGUGUCACUUAUGUCAAGUUUGAGUACGAGAAGAGCGGUAACAAGGAACUACGUGAACAUGGAAAGAAGACCUUGCUCGGAGCAGAAGUGUUUGAGGUUGAUCCCGACGACUACAUCACAUCAGUGGAGGUGCACUCCGACAGGAUAUUUGGGCAAGAUACGGAGAUUAUCACCUGCCUAAUCUUCAAAACAGCCAAGGGAAAAACUUCACCACCUUUUGGACUUGAGGGUGCAAAUAAAAAAGAACUCAAAGAUCCGAAUGGUGGGAAACUUGUUGGAUUCCAUGGACGUGUAGGCGAGCUUCUUCAUGCUCUUGGAGCUUACUUCGCACCUCCCUCCGGUUCUGCUUCGACCGGUGGUGGUGCUUCUUCAACCACUUCAGCUGGUGCCAAGAAACUAGAGGCAAAAGGUGGUAAUGCUGGAAAUCCAUGGGAUGAUGGUGCUCAUGAUGAUGUCAGGAAAGUGUACGUAGGUCAAGGCGACUCCGGCGCACCUCCCUCCGGUUCUGCUUCGACCGGUGGUGGUGCUUCUUCAACCACUUCAGCUGGUGCCAAGAAACUAGAGGCAAAAGGUGGUAAUGCUGGAAAUCCAUGGGAUGAUGGUGCUCAUGAUGAUGUCAGGAAAGUGUACGUAGGUCAAGGCGACUCCGGUGUCUCCUACGUCAAGUUUAUAUACGACAAGGACGCUAAGGAGGUUCCCGGAAAUGAUCAUGGGAAGAAGACACUUCUUGCACCUGAAGAGUUUGUGCUCGAGUUUCCAAACGAAUAUAUAAAGGCGGUGGAGGUUAACUAUGACAGAAUAUUUGGAAGUGACGCCGAACUCAUAACGAUGCUUAGGUUCACGACGAACAAGCGAACUUCUCCACCUUUUGGGCUUGAAGGCUCUGAAAAAGUCAUAUUCCAAGAAGAUGGUCACAAGAUCGUUGGCUUCCACGGCAAAGCGGGAGCGGACAUAAUUCACCAAGUUGGAGUCCACGUCAAGCCCAUUUCCAAGUGA